AACUAAAGCACUACCUGCAACCUCAUUAAGAAAACUGCAAACAAGAGAGAAAAUGUCGUGGUGUGCUCUAAAACCCUUAAAUGUCUCGUUGAUGAACGCCGGCGCAGUGCGCAACCGAACCCCUUUUUCCAUCGGCGGCAUUGGCUGCGCCUCCGUCAUCAACACCGGUCUCUGGCGGCAGUGUUGUUCCACUCGAUUAGCCACUCCUCCUUUCGCUUCCUUGACCACUUACACUUUACCUCCUAAAAAAGAGGCUGUUAAAACUGACAAGGCACCAGCUGCAUUGGGACCAUAUUCUCAAGCAAUUAAAUCCAAUAACCUAGUAUUUGUUUCAGGUGUUUUAGGUCUCAUUCCAGAGACUGGGAAGUUUGUCUCGGAGAAUGUUGAGGAUCAGACAGAACAGUUACUUAAGAAUAUGGGGGAGAUACUGAAAGCUAGUGGUAGCGACUAUUCCUUAGUAGUAAAGACAACAAUAAUGUUGGCUGACUUGAAAGACUUCAAGAAAGUGAAUGAUAUCUAUGCAAAAUACUUCCCUGCACCAUUUCCUGCUCGCUCAACAUAUCAGGUAGCAGCAUUGCCAUUGGAUGCCAAGAUUGAAGUCGAGUGCAUUGCUGAACUUCCCCAAAAGGUGGAGCCUCAGCCAGUUUCGCUCGCGUGACCUAAGUUAACAAUGUGAAGGAAUUCAUCUGGCACUUUUCAGAAGUUGUUCAAGUUAAUAAAAGUGGGAGGGGCCCGCAUACAUGACAAUGGGGUUCUACUUUGUCUUACUUCCCCUUGGUUGUCUUUCCCAUCAUUAGUAAACAGCUGGCAUGCUUGAGAACAUGGGGCAAGAAGCCCCCGGGUAAUCAUGGAACCAAAAAAAUGAACAAACAUUGAGGAAUUUACAGCGUUCUGUAAGUGCCAUUAUUGGAUGAAUGUGUAACUUUGUGAAGUUUAAGCCAGAACUUUAAAGCCUUGCAUGUUGCAGUCUUUUUGUUAA